AUGGUCAUUGGUGUGUUCCGUCUCCAGCGUACAGGAGAAGCAGAGCGGUUUGCCGGGUGGAAAAAGGCAAAUCAAGCCAACAUUGGAGAUCGGCGGCUACUCUGGCACGGCUCGUCGCGGGGCAAUUUUGCAGGUAUCCUGAGUCAAGGCCUUCGUGGCGACGGAGUCAAUCCCAAUGGAGGCAGUUUCUGUCCUGGGGUCUACAUUGCCGAUAUUUCCACCAAAUCAGCUAAAUACUGCCGCGCCCUUCCUAAGCCAGAAGUUCUGAUGUUGUUGUGUGAGGUCGAGCUGGGCAAUGGCAACCCGAACAUAGGGUUCAAACAUAUUGGUAACACUACGCACAACGAAUGGCGGGAUGCUGGAUACAUCCACUCGGAAUUGAAGGGAGUUAUGGUGCCGGAUGUACACGCCGGAACUGCAAUUACGAAUAGAUACCUCGGAGGGGCUCUUCGUCACAGCGAGUACGUCGCUCUUAAUCCAGCUCAGGUCAUUCAAAAAUAUUUGUUCCACAUCAAGUUGAAGUGA